AUGAGAGUUCAGCAUUUCGAUGAUUUGGAUGAUUAUGUUCGUAGCACACCUCAUUCCAGACGCGAAGACCUAUUCCGCUACUUCGAUCUCGCAAUCGAAAUCCGAUACAACAUCCUCGGAUUCCUUCCCGCCCGCGGGACGGUCGCUCUGAGACGAGAUGUAGCGGUAAAACAGCGGCUCCGGUAUUGGGACCACGAGCGACCAGAGUGGGCUUUGCUCUCCGCUGUCAGCCGCCAAACGCAGAGAGAUGCUUCUGACGUAGUCUACUCCGCCAAGAACACAAUUUUUGUACCUCUGGGCUCUAUCGAUGAUGACGGCUGGUGGUGCAUUCCUCGGCCAUUUCCCCAGGUUAAGAGGCUCGAUAUUGCCUUCGAUAUGCAGGAUAUCACAGAGAACAUCGCAUACACUCUACAGUGCGUCAAGUACCGGCAAGACGGACCCGACGGCACUUCUAGGAGGACCCUUUUCGAGGAACUGACGAACGCCGAGAGAUGGGACCUUUUGCAUGAAAAGAACAAGGAAGGGCUCACAUUCGAUAUUUGGUCUUCGAAGAUUAGUGCUUGUAUAGGUAUCGACGGUCUGGCGCCUAGAUUUCACAAACUGGCGGUAUCCGGUCGGUUGCUGUCGUAUGGGCCAUACUCUGCUGGGGUACCUGGAUGGUAA